CGAUUAUAGAAAAUUUAUCGUGCCUGACCUAUAAAAGUUCUCCAGUUUUUCUUUUCUUUUCAUGCAAAGCUAACAAACACUUCUUGUCCUCUUCUGUUAUAUUUUCUCUCUCUCUCGCCUGGGGUCUUUGUCUACUGUUGUCAAAGUGAUUCUGCAUGCUUCAGAUAUCUAUCUCUUUUUUUUCUUUUUUUUCCAAAUCUUCAGAUAUCUCUACGUAAGCUUCGCGGGAGCAUUGAUUUCAGCUUCAUCUGUUAAAAGCUCUGUUGCUACUGCUUUGUUUCGCGUGACUAUUUUUGUCUCUUCUUCUUCUGGAUAAUUCAGACUGAUCAUAUGAGCGACAUGCAUGGUCUUGAAUUCACAGCCCUAUUAGACUGAGAUUUACUGGCCAGUGAGUGAGGUCUUGUUAAGCUGUCUUUUUGUUCUCUGUUCAUUGGAGAACACCAAAGGCAGUUACUGUCUGCAGAUAUAUUAUGGAACAUGGUUUGCCAUCUAUGAAGUCGAUCAAAUCAUUGAAGUCAUUUGUUAAGAGAAGAAACAAUACUCAAGAUGUGGUAAAGGGUAAAUCCGGGUGGAAAGUGAAGCCCUUUUUGGCUCUCAUAUGUACAGCACUUUUAAUAUUUUGGUAUAAGACCACAAAUAUUCAAUUCGAAGAGACUGAGCUAGAGGAAGCUGAUUAUCCCUUUGACAUGGCAGUGGAAUCUGAACCAGUCGAUGAGAAACUAAAAGGCUUGCCGCGCGGUAUCAUACAGUCUAGAUCAGACCUUGAACUAAAGCCACUCUGGUCUAGUAAUAGUUUGAGGUCAAAGGGUGUUGAAAUGACUAACCGCAACUUGUUGGCCGUACCCGUAGGCAUUAAGCAAAAGGGUAAUGUAGACGCUAUGGUAAAGAAGUUUCUUCCAGCGAAUUUCACGGUUGUUCUUUUCCAUUACGAUGGAAAUAUGGAUAAAUGGUGGGAUCUUGAGUGGAGUUCAAAGGCCAUACAUAUAGUCGCACAGAACCAGACUAAAUGGUGGUUUGCGAAAAGAUUUCUUCAUCCGGAUGUUGUAUCCAUUUAUGAUUAUAUUUUUCUGUGGGAUGAGGAUCUUGGAGUUGAGAACUUCACACCAGAGAGGUAUUUGAAGAUAGUUAAAUCAGAGGGACUAGAGAUAUCUCAACCAGCUUUGGACCGAAACUCGACUGAAAUCCACCACAAAAUCACACUCCGUUCCAAAACAAAGAAGUUUCAUAGGAGAGUUUACAUCAACAGAGGCACUAAGAAAUGUUCUAAUACUAGUGAAGAUCCUCCUUGCACAGGAUUUGUUGAAGGAAUGGCUCCUGUGUUCUCAAGAGCUGCUUGGUUUUGCACUUGGAAUCUCAUACAGAAUGAUUUGGUUCAUGGAUGGGGAAUGGAUAUGAAAAUAGGGUAUGUGUGCACAG